UCCUUAUUCUCUCCGUUCGAAAUGAAACAGAGUCUGUGAUGACUCGUUUCAUUUUAGAAGUCUUAUGAUAAGCGACAAUCUUCAACUGCAUGGCAACCGAGCAAUGACAUUUGUUAUUUCCACGAUAUUUCGAAAAAUUCGCGUUUUACUUUCUCGGUUGCGGGGACAAAUUCUUGCUUUCUACGAUUACUUCUUAUCUACAAGUAAGAUGUAUCGGUGCAUACGUAAAUAGUGAUAGGGCAAAUACACCUUUUUCGGGAUUAUUGGUAAAUCAUGGAAGACGACAAUAGAAGGGAAGAAAAUAAUGAAGUAACGGCAGGCGUGGAAGAGGCUGGGACCGCAGGGCAACAAGAAAGAGGUUCUGAUAAUCAGUACCAACAGAUAACAAGACCCCUCUCCUCUAGUCGUAAAUGUACUCGAGACGACAUAUAUGUGCACAGAAUAGAUUCCAGGCAACACGACAGAAAACCAUCCCGCUCGCGAUCAAGAUCAAGAUCAAGAUCAAGCAAGCCUCCUCCACGGAGGAGGCAAUGGAGAAGUGCGAAUGCCUUUCUCAAUUUUAUGCAAGACUUUAGGCAGGAGUAUAACAAGCUGAAGGCAAAGGAUCUGUUUCGCCUCGGUGGACAAGCGUGGCGACAAAUGUCAUCCGCGGAUAAGAUGCCCUAUGUGGAAGCGGCCAAGCAACAAUCGCAGAACAAUAAGAACAAUAAGAACGCGCAGCAGAACAAGCCUAACAGCAGCGACUCCUCGAAGAAAGCUGAUGGUCAGAAGGACCAGAAAAAGAAAGAACGAGAGGAAAGGAAAGAAAGAAGGCGUUCAAGAAGCAGGGGGGACGAUUCCGACGCGGAAUCAGAUUCCGCAACGUCGGGAACAGGCGCGACUAUGACCAGCGACGACGUCUCGGAUCUGAGUUCUUAGACGUAUAUUUAUUAAUCAAACUAACAGCAACAAGAACGUUUCGGAAAUAUGUACGCGAAACAAUUAACUUCGAUUACGUAACACUAGUCCUUGGUAUCGUCUUUAAAUUUGAAUAAAGUCUAAGAUGUCACAAAACAGGUUUAGUCUUUUUGGCCGCUUUCUCUGUAUUUUCUUGCAACU